AUGCUCACGGGUGAUUCGUUGUUUGCGCGGCAGGCGGCCCUGCCCAGCUUAACUGGUCCGACUAUGAUGAACCUGGCAACAAAUAUACUUUAUAAUCGGGCAUCAAACGCUUCUGGGGACAUUGAGCACCCGCCGAAUCUCAUUUACGCGAGCUAUGCUGCUUUCCUUCAUCUUGCUUCGGGGACUCUGGUUGAUCUCAAGUGGGUGGCGUUCUUUGGGGCCGCUAUGUUUGGCUUUCCCGUUCCAUCAUGCGAUUUGGAGAUCCCAUCCCCUACCUCUUGGUUUAUGGCUUUGUGCUGUUCGGUAUUCUCUUAUGGGUUGAUUAGCUAA